UUAAAAUAUCAUUUUAAAAAAUACAAUUUAUAUUUUUUGCAUCCAAAUUCUCCAUCUUUCUUUCCGUUUUCUUUAGUCUUUCUAAAUUAACAGAGCCCUCAAAAUCUCGAUCUCUGUCUACAGACCGAUGAGCCUAUUAUUGUCCCCGACGAACAAAAUCUUUUUAUUUUAAAUACGACAUUCCGUUUAUGUCAAUUCCUUGCCAAAAUCGCAACCGUCUUUGGUGUUGCCGACGGUAUCAUUUCCUUAUGUCUUCGAUCUUGAUAUUACCGGAGUAGAAACUAACUCCACUGGCCACUGGGAACUUGCCCUGACAUAUGUGUAGGGGUAAGAUAGUAAAUUUUGUUGGAUGCUUGUUGGGUUCAGGACGAGGUUUUCUAAAUGCAUGUUACAGGGGAUCUAGGGUUUUCGAGCCUGGUCCUUGUGUUAUCUCUUCUAUUUCCUGUCAUCGGGCUUAUAAUUCGCCGUAAAUGGCGGCUUUCCAUUGCAAGGAAUGAGGAGAUCAAGCGACUGCUGGUUUUAGCUUCUGAAGAAACUGCUAGGGCUGAGCUGGAAGCCACCGUCUCGUACGGUGUCGUUCCGGUCUCGAGGAAUAGUUAUUAUCAGUGUGCUGUUUGUUAUUGUCCUACUACCACACGGUGUGCUCGUUGUAAAGCUGUUAGAUACUGUUCUGGUAAGUGUCAAAUUAUCCACUGGCGUCAAGGUCACAAGGAAGAAUGCCGCCCUGCUAGUGCUACUUAUGAAAUCAAUGAUGAUGGAGGCAGCUCUUCUCAGAAGGUGGCAAAACAAGAGCAAUGUGAUAUCUACAGUGAUAAAUGCGGAUCUUCACCAAUUGCUACAUCCUCUGAGGCACCUCUUUUGUUUAAUUCUAGCAGCACUCGUGCAGUUCCACUUGUAAAGGAUGAUGAUAUUAAAGUCAAUUCUGUUGCAGAUACAUCCUCUAUUUCUGGCUCAUCUAGGACCUCAUUUUCUGGCUUCUCUACUUCACCCACUGGCGGUGAAUCAUCUGAUGAUUUUUCUGUUGGUGAGAGUAUUAGCUCAAAUGAAAUUGAGAGAUCAGAUGGACAAAUAUCUUCUGAUUCUGCCACUGAUGAGCUUGAGCCUGAAUUGAACAAGGUGGAUCAAACCAAGCCUGUGUCUCCAAAGUUUGCUAGUUUGGUUGAUAAUGUAGAUAUUAAAGAAAUGAGUAAGUUAAAGCAGGGCAUCACACUUUGCAAUAGUGGGGAGAGUCAGGGUGUUCCUUCUAGCACUUCGGGUCAGAGGGGCAGUGGCAUGCUUGAGUCUUUAAUGAUUCAGCCUGGUCGAGUUUCUUCUGGUUUCUGGGACAGGAGUCUUGACUCUGUUGUGUCCAGUAAUAUCCUCCAAAGUGAUCCAGAUCAUUCCAAUUCCACUGGAGCUGGUAAAAACAAGUUAUCUGAUUCUGAGUCUUUCCAACACUUUAGGUUCAAUCUAUCUGGAAGUAAUGUUCCUGCAUUAAAUGCCCAAAGCUCAGAGGUUAAAGGCAUUGUAUCAGAUGAUGCACCUCCAGCUCCUAUAGGUAUUGUUAGGCCUGUUAAUGGAGCGGCUUUGUCUGAAAAGCUUGGUAAAGAUGCUCCGAUCAUCAGGAGUUCCACAUCUGAGAGCUGUGAAAUGACUAGUUCUAUGAGUAAUAAAUCUAGCCAGAAUUCAAAUGUGUUAGAGUCCAGUGAUCUUAAAUCUGUAUCAUCAUCCUCUUCAUAUAUUCAUUUAACUUCGAGUAAGAGAGAUGUAUCACAUCAAGUUGAUUCAAGUAUUUCGAAGUUGGGUGAUCUUAAAUCCUCCAGCUCUAACCAAUCAAAUAUUAUUGUCAAUGACACUCUUAGCACUUCAAAUCUAUCUAAGUCCAGAGUAUCAUCUAGCUCUUCUCAUACCUAUUUGGCUUCUAGUGGGAAUGGACAUCCAGUUGCAAGCUUGAAAUCUGGAAAAAAUGAUAAUCUUGAAGCUGAUGCUGUGCCUUCCUCCCAAAUGACUAGUUCUUCUCCGAGUUCUAUUAGUGGACUGAAAUCGUCAGUGCGGAAAGUUGUUGAUCAACUUAGAGGACCUAAGUGUGGCAAAUACAGUGAUAAGUUUCAGGGGCUCUUUUCAUAUGAUCUUUUUGUAAAGCUGUAUGCUUCAAACAAGGUUGAAAUGAGACCUUGUGGCCUUAUCAACUGUGGAAAUAGCUGUUAUGCAAAUGCUGUCCUUCAGUGCCUGGCAUUUACUCCUCCUUUGACUGCUUAUUUUGUUCAAGGGCUCCAUUCUAAAGAGUGUGUAAAUAAGGAAUGGUGCUUCACUUGUGAGUUUGAAAGUUUGAUGUUGAAGGCAAAGGAAGGGAAAUCUCCACUUUCUCCUAUUGGAAUUUUAUCCCAGCUGCAAAACAUUGCAAGUCAGCUGGGUACUGGGAGAGAAGAAGAUGCACAUGAAUUUCUAAGGUAUGCUAUUGAUACAAUGCAAUCUGUUUGCCUUAAAGAAGCUGGGGUGAAUGCGUUGGGUUCCUUUGAAGAGGAAACCACUCUCAUAGGUCUUACUUUUGGAGGCUACCUUCGUUCAAAGAUAAAAUGCAUGAAGUGCCAUUACAAGUCGGAGCGGCAUGAAAGAAUGAUGGAUCUUACUGUUGAAAUAGAAGGGGAUAUAGAGAAGCUUGAGGAUGCACUUAGAAGGUUCACAGGUACUGAGAUUCUAGAUGGAGACAACAAAUACCAAUGUGGCAGAUGCAAAUCUUAUGAAAAGGCCAAGAAAAAGUUGACAAUACUGGAGGCUCCAAAUGUCCUUACAAUCGCAUUGAAACGCUUUCAGUCCGGUAAAUUUGGGAAGCUCAACAAGUCCAUUCGUUUCCCGGAGAUCCUGGAUUUAGCACCUUAUAUGAGUGGCACAAGUGACAAAUCACCCAUAUACAGGCUUUAUGGAGUGGUUGUUCACUUGGAUAUCAUGAAUGCUUCAUUUUCUGGUCAUUAUGUGUGCUAUGUAAAAAAUGUCCAGAACAAGUGGUUCAAGAUUGAUGACAGCACGGUAACAGCUGUAGAGCUUGAAAGGGUCCUGACAAAAGGCGCUUACAUGCUUCUUUAUGCAAGGUGCUCACCGAGGGCUCCAAGAUUGAUAAGGAACAGAAUAGCAUCUUCUGAUCCAAAAAUGAAAGGAAGUGCAUCAAGAGUCAGUGCGAAGAAUACUGCAUUAAAUUCAAGAUCUUCAUCCACUCAUCCAAAUGUUGUCCGAUUCAACCCCAAUUCGUUUCCUCCAGAAAAUAUGACCAGUGUUGAAUCUUUCUAUUUGAAGUUCCAUCAUCUUCAAAGGAUUUUAGAAGAGGACUCAUCAAGUGAUAAUUAUUCUUUUACAAGCAGCAACUCUGACGAGGGUUCAUGCAGUACUGAGAGCACACGAGAUUCUACGAGUACUGAUGACCUUUCUGAUUUCAUUUUUGGUGGUUGGAACUCUUGGAAGAGCACAUCUGAUUCCGACACUUCAUCUUCUUCUUCUUCUUCUUCUUCUUCUCCCUUGUACACAAGGCAUUUGUCAGAAAUGAGCAGGUCUCAACCUGAUUGUGCAGAUUCAUCGAUGGAGGAUGGUACUUGGGAUAGGCUACCGAGGGAGAGUAGCAGGGUGGUGGAUUUGGAAGUGAAAGGAGGUGAUACUUUUUCGUGUUGUGACACGGGUAAAGAGUGUAGAAAGUUAGGAAGUAGCGGUAGUUGUAGGGAGGCUAACUCGGCAAAAGUAGGAGUUAACUCUGUAAAAUCUGGUGUAACAUUUAGAAGGUCAAUGAGCCAAAGAACAGAUUAAGCAUUUUUAUGUCAGGUAAUUAAGUUAGAGGCGUAAAUAAGAGUUGGGAAAAGAGGGGCUGUAUGUAUUUGUACUGUUGUAGCUGGCUUUGUUUAAAGAAAUGAGUAGGCCAUGUCCCCAUUUUGUCAA